AUGACACGGUUCGGCUAGUAAAGUUGCAUAAUUUUCACUGGUGUAUCCAUGGAUGGCAACGAAUUUUCACCUUUUUAACUGACGUCACAGUGCCAGUGCAAUGCUAUCCGUUGGAUCGCAAGUGAAAAUUAUGACAGUGGAAAGAAUUUUGAUUUAUAAAAACAGCAAUCACAGUUUGAAGAUUAUAGCCAAGUUCCAUGUCUUUUCCCGUGUACAUACAAGUAAAAUCGCUGCUUGUGAGUCGUGAUUCAACCGUUUUUAAUGUUUAUGACGGACUUAUGAUCCAGUCAUAUGGCGACGCUUAAUUAUAAGAAGUUACUUGUCAAGAAAGCCAAGUAUUGUUCAUUUACAACAAGCAUGCGAGUCCAUGCAAAGGGCGAGUCCGUCUUUAUAGGCUUGUUAGCACGAGUAAGGCAGCGGUUUGGGCGUUGAAUGCUUGGGGGCUUAAAUCAAAGGCCUGUUCUGAGUCUGAUUCUCUCAUUGUGUGCAAAGCAAUUUCUGGCGCUGGCUUAAGGUCUCGGUAUAUUUAAACCAUUGUCGCAGAUGUUAAGUUGGUGCUGAGUCGAUUGCCGGUCAAAAUUAGCCAUGUGCGAGUAGGUAAUGAGGUGGGUCGCCAAAUUGUCGAAGAAUCAUCUCUUUCUUGAUUCUCUUCUCAUAAAAAUUACAUGUACUGAUGAGAAAAGAAAAAAUUAUUGGAAAGAAAAACACUCUCAUAUGCACUGAUGAGAAAAGAAAAAAUGAUUGGCAAGUAGAAACAUCUAUCAUAGAAUAGAAUGAAAAAGACAAAAAAAAGAAAAGAAAAAGAAAAAGAGAAAUAAUGUGUUGUACAGCCUGUAAUAGACUAAUGUAUACGAAGGGACAGCAUAAUGUGGUCAUUUUGCAAUUUAAGGAAUUCCAAGGGUCAUAUUCCCCAUUAUGCAAAUUCCUUUUCACUUUUCUGAAAACCGAUUGGUCUCCUUCUCUUUGUCCGUGCUCUGUCGUUUAUUUGAAGUCUUUUCUUCAUAGAACUACUAAAAAGUACCUCAACACUUUUACUCUCAGAAGGCCGAGAAAAAAGAUCAGAUUGGAGUCAGAGAUGGGUUUUCUAGGAUUUGCACUGGAGUGCUUUGAUGUUCUUGCUUGGCCUCUAAUUUCUCUGGGCUAUCCUCUAUGUGCUUCAAUUCGAGCUAUUGAGGUCAAGUCAAACUCAGACAUGCAGAAGUUGAUCACAUACUGGAUCCUUUUUUCUCUGAUUUCUCUCUUCGAGCUUGGUUUUUCCAAACUCAUUGAAUGGCUUCCAUUCUGGCCUUACAUAAAACUCAUGGCCUUCUCCUAUUUGGUGCUACCUCGCUUUAAUGGUGCAUAUCAUGUUUUCGUGUGCCUUGUUCGCCCUUACAUUCAUGUGAAUCCACGAGUUGUUAUCAACAAAUUCAAUAUGAUGAAGGAGUUAUCUCAUAAGGGCGAAAAUUAUAUGGCUAUGGUAGAGAAAUAUGUUGAAGAGAAUGGGUCUGAAGCCUUGGAGGAACUCAUUGCAAGCAAGUCAAGAGGUACGAAACCUAGUCACGACGUGGAAGAGAUCAAGGCAGUCGUAAAUACAGAGAAAAAAGAAGAGGUCACAGCAAUCCAGUCUAAGUGCAAAGAUCCUAUUCUUGUUCAGAAUGAUACCAAGGCAGUGGAACAAACAGAGAGAAAUGCCGCAGCUACAGUCAAGGUGAAGCAUGGAGUGUCAAAUCUUGCUCAUGCUGCUGAGAAAAUAACAGUUGCAGCUGCGAAGAUCGAAGAAGUAACAGCAACAUCAGUAGCUGCUGGUGGAGAGAACAAACAUCCGGAGAUAACCACGUCGAAGGGAGUUCAGAAAGAUCUGACUUGUGCUGUAUGUCAGAAGACAGGCCUCACUGAGAAAACCUUGAAUUCCCAUCUUCAAGGGAAGAAACACAGGGCCAAGUGCGAGAAGCUGAAAGGAAGUAAACAAACAGAUAAAAACAAGGGUGGUUCCUCUUUUUCAACAGGAAUUGAAUCCGAUCAAUCCAAUCAGGAGCAGGAGCCCCGAAAGCUCAGCCGGAAGGAGCGAAGGAGAAAUCAAAACAAUGCUGCAGGAAAUGUAUCCGAUCAAUCCAAUCAGAAGCAGGAGCCCCGAAAGCUCGGCCGGAGGGAGCGAAGGAGGAAUCUAAACAAUGCUGCAGGUACUGCGAUGCAGCAGCAGUAGUCUACAUUUUGUUGCAGCAUCUGUAAUAUAAGCUGGUGCCCUGGUGAGAUAGCAAUGGCUUAGUCACCUUAAUGGGAAGAAACACUUGACUCGGAUUCAAGAUCUUUGCAGGUGGUGGACAGGCUUGAGUACAAAGCUGGUUUUCACAUUUUCAGGAUUAAACUCCAAGAAAAUGUACCUUUUGAGUCUACGUUUUAGUGGAUGUGUUUGGAAAUAGUAGAAUGUUUGCUUUUAUCGUUGUCA